ACUAAAUCAAAUAAAAGAUCCCAUUCCAUUCCAUUUGAUUUGAUUUUAUUUAUAUGAUGGCCGUCCAAUUAAUAUCUAUCCGAACGGUUGUUACCAAAGCUGCUAGAUUUGUGCCCACACUGGGAGUUUACCCGAAAGGAUUUAAAGUUGGGGGAAUCCAUUGUGGUGUCAAAAAAGAUGGUUCGUCUCUCGACCUUGCUAUGCUUAGCAACACACAUUCCGAACCAGCGGUAGCAUCUGCUGUGUUUACGAAGAAUAAGUUCAAGGCUGCUCCUGUACAAGUUUCUUCGAGAAUCGUUAAGGAGAAAAAUGGUCAAGAUAUCAACUCAUUGAUCAUUAACAGUGGAAAUGCCAAUGCUGUAACUGGUGCAAAGGGUAUUAAAGAUGCCGAGUCGAUGAUCUCAGUAACUGAUUCUGUCUUGGGUAACAAAUCGGCUGAUUCUACAUUGGUUAUGUCUACAGGAGUUAUUGGGAAUUUAUUACCCAUUGAAAAUAUUCUUAAUGGAAUUCCAAAACUUUCUACACAAUUGGGUGAUUCGCAUGAGCACUGGCUUGCUUGUGCCAAGGCUAUUUGUACCACUGAUACAUUCCCAAAGUUGGUAAGUAAAAGAUUUUCUAUUAACGGCACUGAGUACACUUUGGCCGGACUUGCUAAGGGUGCUGGGAUGAUCUGUCCUAAUAUGGCCACUUUGUUGGGAUUCUUUGUUACAGAUGCACCAGUUACUUCUAAGGCAUUGAAACAAAUUCUUACAUAUUCUACAGAUAGAUCUUUCAAUAGUAUUUCUGUUGAUGGUGAUAUGUCUACAAAUGAUACGAUUGUUGCCAUUGCCAAUGGGGCUGCUGGUGGUAAGCUAAUUGAUAAUACAUCUGAAUCGGCUGAAUCAUUUGCUCUUUUACAAAAGGAAAUCACUUCCUUUGCUCAAACAUUGGCUCAAUUGGUAGUUAGAGAUGGUGAAGGUGCUACAAAGUUUAUCACUAUUAAAAUUAAGGAUGCCCUUACAUACAAGGAUGCUAAAAUUAUUGCAUCUUCCAUUGCCAAUUCUGCACUCGUGAAAACUGCAAUGUAUGGGAAAGAUGCCAAUUGGGGUCGUAUUUUAUGUUCUAUUGGUUAUGCCGACGUCAAGUCACCUGACCUGGUCAACCCUUCCAAAACUUGUGUAUCAUUCAUUCCAUCUGAUGGAUCAAAGAAGUUGGAUCUUUUGGUAGAUGGAGAACCACAAGCUGUUGAUGAAGUACGUGCUUCUGAAAUCUUGGCCUUUGAAGAUUUGAAUGUAGAAAUAGAUCUUGGAACUGGUGGUGGUCAAGGAUGUGAAUUCUGGACCUGUGAUUUCUCCCAUGAAUAUGUCACGAUUAAUGGGGAUUAUAGAAGUUAGACCAAAAAAUAAAAAUGAAAAGAGAAAUGGCU